AUGUCCCAUCCUCUUCCUGUCGACAUUGCUCGCUCCCUGAACCAGCAAUGGCCGUGUCGCGAGAGCCAGGUCCGGCAACUGGCCGGUCUUCUUAGCCCUAGCGUCCCAAGUCCUUCAACCCUCGUCCUCUACGGCAUUUCUGCGACGUGCAAGUCGACGAUCACUCGAGCUGUUCUCUCCGCUCUACGAGUACCACACGCGAUCAUUCGAUGCGCAGAGUGUAUCACGGGGAGACACUUGCUGACGAAGAUCUUGUUGGAGACCUUGAGCGCUGUUGGAUUGGAGGACGAAUGGGAAAGGUUCGGCAAGGGGAAAUGUGAGCACGUCAGUACGCUCGCCGUUCUUCUGGCGGACGCUUUGGCACCCACGAGUGGAAAGAGGGUUGAGAAAUUCGUUUUGGUGCUUGAUGGGAUUGACAAACAACGGGAGGCGCCGCAAAUGCUGCUCUCGGCGCUGGCGAGGUUAGGAGAAGUGAUUCCAGUGCUAUCUGUGGUUCUGAUAUUGAAUACUACUCCUCGUCCGUUGUUUCUUCAGGCCUCUGGCGUGUCACAUAUCACAUUUCCCCCCUAUACGCGAAAAGAGGCGAUCACCAUCAUCACGGCAGCAGGUCCACCUGCUGUGGAUGGUCUGUCGCCGGAAACAGCCUCCAAGUUAUAUCCGCAGUUUGUGUCGACGGUCUAUGAUUCCCUGGUUGGUCCGACAGCAGGAACGAUUCCUUCCUUUCGUUCUAUCUGCGAGAGGCUCUGGCCCCGCUUUGUUGAGCCUGUCGUCAAUAAUGAAACUCCACCUGGGGGAGCCAGGGAUUGGGAUUUCGCCAGACUGCUGGUGCGGAAUCGAGCCAUGUUCAAGCAGCAGGGUGAGGCUAUGCUUGUUCAUCAUAUAGUCCCAGAAGAAGGCACAAAACAGGGCGUUGUCUCGUCUUCGGCAUUGGGUCGUCCCUUGAAAUCGCAGCCUCCGUCAUUGCCCUAUUUCCCAACCCUGGUCUUGACAUCUGCCUACGUGGCGUCGCAUACGCCCUCUCGUCUGGACACGAUUUUCUUCUCCAAGUUCUCAUCCUCGUCCUUAUCCGCGCGAAACAAACGUUCGCACCACAGGCGGCGGUUGAAACUUCUUUCCCAAGCCCAAGCGGAAGAGGAUCGCGACGAUCCCUCUACACCCAGUAAAAAGGGCAAACGAACGAAAACACGUAUCACCAAAUCGAUGCUGGAUUCCGCUUUUGCGACAACCUCGGCGGCAACGUCCGCAGCUCCUAGCGGCGCUUUAACAGGGCCUUCGACGAUCCUGACAGCUCGUCCGUUCACCCUCGAACGGCUCAUCGCGAUCUACCAUGCCAUCGAUCCCAAUCCCCCAGCCAACCCGAUCCGUGGUCCGGCCCUUGCGGACUCCAUCUACGCGGAGCUGGCCACCCUUCGACGGCUGCGGCUUGUUGUCCCUGCGUCCGGAGUUAAUGGCAUUGGGGCGAGUGCCGCAUCGGGCACCAGCGCUGACGCGGGCGAGAAGUGGUGUGUCAACAUCUCCGGUGAUUGGAUUGACGAACUCGCCAAGGGGAUUGGCGUUGAGAUUGGGGAAUGGUUAGCGGGGGGGCUAGAUUAG